AUGACUCCUUCGGACGAUCGAGUCGUCGGAGAACCCGAAAAUGUGGCCUCGGAAAAGGCUGUUGACCGCAAUGACGCUGCGCCGCCCGGCCGAUGGGGCCGGUUUCGGGAAGCCUUCCUCAGGGUGGCGGCAUUCGGCCGGGUAGAGCUCAGGGGCAUCACGCCAAUCCCGGUGAAGGAACGGACUGUGGAGAGGACCAUCAAUAUCUUCACGCUAUGGUGGUCCAUGAACACGAAUAUCCUCGCUAUCACCUUUGGGAUGCUCGCUCCCGGCUUUGGGCUCGAUCUCAGGAACAGCGCCUUGGUCAUUCUGUUUUUCACCCUGUUGACGGCCGUCCCUCCCGCAUAUUGUUGCACGCUGGGCCCUAAGACGGGCAUGAGGCAGAUGAUGCAGGCUCGCUACAGCUUUGGGCGCUACCUUGUAUCCAUCCCUGUCGUGCUCAACCUGGCAAACACGAUUGGCUUCUCCGUUGUCAUGGCCGUCAUCGGCGGGCAGUGUCUGUCGGCCGUGGCGGACGGCACGCUGAGCGUCGCCGUGGGCAUUGUUAUCACGGCCCUGUUCACCAUGCUAGUCUCCUUCUGCGGCUUCCGCGUGCUGCACGUCUUUGAGCGCUACGCCUGGAUCCCCGCGCUCAUCGCCAUCAUUGUAGCCGUCGGCACUGGCGGGAGCGGACUGCGAAACCAGGUUGCGUACGACGCGCCCCCACCCGCGUCGGCUGUCUUGUCCUUUGGCAUGAUUGUCGCCUCAUACAUGAUCCCCUGGGCGUGCCUGUCGUCUGAUUUCACGACCUACCUCAAGCCCGACACCCCUUCCUCAAAAAUAUUCCUCUACUCCUACCUCGGCCUGUGUCUCCCCGCCAUCCUGCUCAUGGUACUCGGCUCAGCAAUCGGCAACGCCGUGGCCAACAACCCGACCUGGCAGGCCGGCUACGACCAGACGCUGGUGGGCGGGGUGCUGGCCGCCAUGCUCUCCCCCGCAGGCGGCUUCGGCAAGUUCCUGGUCGUGCUGCUCUCCUUCUCGCUGCUGGGCAACCUGGCGGGCACCUCGUACAGCGUGACGCUCAACCUGCAGCUGCUCGUGCCGCCCCUGGUCCGCGUGCCGCGGUACCUGUUCUCAAUUGUCUCGACGGCAAUCAUCAUCCCCGUCGCGAUCCGUGCCGCGGAUGAUUUCUUUAUCAAUCUUGAGAAUUUCCUGGCCUUGAUCGGCUACUGGACCUCGGCGUGGCUCGGCGUCGUGCUGGUCGAGCACCUUGUGUUUCGCAAGGGGGACUGUGCGGCCUAUGAUGUCGACGCGUGGAACGACGCCGACUUGUUGCCGUGGGGCGUGGCCGCCGUGACUGCGUCGGCGCUGAGCUUUGCGCUCGUGGUGCCCAGCAUGGCGCAGGUGUGGUGGACGGGCCCGAUUGCGCGUACCACGGGCGAUAUUGGGUUCGAGUUGGCCUUUGCCGUCACGGCCGUCUUGUACCUUGGCCUGAGGUGGGUGGAGAAGAGGUUGGCAGGGAGAUAG